AAGUCUUGUACAUGGUGGUUGAUUAGAUUUUUAGGUUUAAAACACUAUUUACUAGAUGUAAGUUUUUGCACAUGGCUGGCUUUGAAGAAUCUGGUUUACCAGGACAUCAAGCAAUACGUGAUGGUUUUCAAGGUUGUACAGAACCGGAAGUGUUUAUUUCUUCUUUUCAGCAGGAAAAUUGUGUCCUUUUGUCAUCCUUACGUCCUGCAUUACAGCUACUUGAUUUACAAGGACUAAAACGGACAACUUUCCAUCAAACAGUGAUAAAUGAUUUAUCAGAACAGCUGUUAAAACAAAUAAAUGAAGAAUGUAGUGGGGAGAAAUUGAAAGAAUUAUUAGACCAUACAUUUCAAUUUAUUCAUGUGGAUGUCUUAAGGCGAGUUAUAAUGGCGAUUAUGAAAAAAGUACCAGAACUGAAACCAGAGUAUGUCGAGCAAAUUUCUGUAAAUAAAGUCAUUUAUCAAGAAUGUCCUAUUGAAGUUAAACGAAGAGUAUGGAUGAAAAAGCAUCCACUGUUUGGAGAAGCUGUUGGUCCUAUAUUAAACAAAUACAUCGAUGAAAAACACACUUUGUUAUAUUCAACAGAGAAUGUUAGCAGCAGACAAUUUUUUAAUAUUCCUCCCAGGCAAAGACGACAAAAUCCUGUAAUACAGGAGUUGGUUCAAAUGAUUGGAUUCUCCAUUGAAUUAUAUAAUUUAGUAUUGCAAUUUUUAAGGACGUUGUUUUUAAGAACAAAACAGGAACAUUACUGCUCUUUAAGAGCAGAACUUUUAAUGGCGUUUCAUGAUGCAGACGUAAAAGAGGUUCGACAAGUAGACCCUUGCCAUAAAUUUACCUGGUGUUUGGAUGCAUGCAUAAGAGACAAAGUUAUUGAUAGUAAAAGACUUAAAGAGUUACAAACAUUUCUUGACAGUAUAAAAAAAGGCCAAGAAGAAGUAAUCGGAGAUAUUGCGAUGAUAUUAUGUGAUCCAUAUGCAACGAACACAGUGGCAUGCAGUAUCCUUGUACAGCUUUCAAGACUUGUUAAAAUGGAUAUGCUGCCAAGAUCAUCUCAAGACCUGAUGUUUUUAAUUCGGCUACUCACGUUAAGCGUGUCUGCAUGGAACAUGAUCAAGCUGCAAGAAUUUCAUGAAACCCCUGUUAAUAUUGAUAUCAUAACACAAUUUCUUCCCGUGUUAAUGUCUGUCAUGCUGGAUGAACUAAACGAAGACAGUACGCCUGUUGCCAUCCCAGAAAGUCUUUGGAACUUUAUCGAAGACGAUCUUGUUGCGCAAGUCAUUCUGGCGUUCUAUGUUAAUCACUUGAUACAAGUUAAUAAAAGACGAAUGUGCAACGCAAUGUUACCUCGCUAUUCACAGACGUUAAAAUCCAGUCCGGCCUCUUCCGCUGUCGUCAAUUUACUCGUGCAUUCAAUGGUGCGGAACACGCAACAAUUUACCGAACCUGCUCAGUGUGCUUUGUUGUUUGAUCAGUUUUUAUUCGUCUGGUUGGAAUACGAAGAUGUUUUGCACCAUAUUCUUCGCCUUCUGUGGUGUGUUCAUGAGCACAUCGACAGUCAACUAAUAGUACGGUUAUUGACUGCUACUCAACCAUCUUCUGAGCAUGCAGAUGUUCUUCACGAUCUCCAUGCCAAACUUGUCGAUCUCAUCGCUUCAUCCAAAGUAAGCACGCCUUCGAGCAUGGAACAGAACAAUUCUCUCUCUCCUGCGCUUCAGCUAUCUCCAGCGCUUUCUUCACCAGGACUACCGUUUGGGUGAUUGGAAGGAAAAUGUCUUAUAAAAGUUUACUGAUUUCUUUGCGAAUCGAAUUCUCGCUGACACGAGUAAAUUUUAAGUUUUCUUUGUGAAGAGGGAAAGGAAAAAUUUUUGAUACUGUUUUUCCUGAAUAAUUUUUAAAGUGAAUUUGGAGAAAUAAUUAAUGUUUGCUAUAUUUAACUAUAGGAAUUUUCAGGAUAUUUAUGCAUUUUUAACCGAAAGUCUGUUUUUCACUUUAAACAAUUUUUUCACGGAAAGGAACAGAAAUAGAACAGAGCAGAAAAUUUUCUGCUAGUAAUUUCCACUUCAUAAUAUUGCGCACAAUAUAAUACAGGAAGUAUACACACUGCGCAAUUUUCACAAAAUAAAAUAAUCUGAUUAGCUUUUCUGUUCCUGUCCCUUCUGUUGUGCGGAAAAUUUUCUUGAAGUAGAAAACGGCCCUUAAAUGCCGCUCGUAAUCGAUGCAUGCCAAGCCACUAAUUUCAGAGUUUUAAAGGCUUCUUUAUUGCUGUCUUGAGUGAUAGGUUAAUCGUCACCAAAUAAUGACGAGUAUUGUUCGUAGAUGUUUCACACGCUCGGUUUUAUUUAUCUUAUUUUUACUUUAGAGUAUAAGUUACCCUGUAAUAUAUGUAAGAAAAAUUAUAUGCGUUCAAUUCAUAAA